AUGCACGGAGGAGGAGGCAGCGGUGGGGGUUCGAUGCACGGAGGUGGCGGCGGUGGGGGUUCGAUGCACGGAGGAGGAGGCGGUGGGGGUUCUAUGCACGGAGGUGGUGGCGGCGGCGGCGGCGAAUUGGGCGGAGGAGAGUAG